AUGGUCCGCUCCCUUCUUCUUGUGGUCCUGUCCGCCCUUGGGGUCGCCGGUGCGCGCGAUCCAGGCCAUCAAGCCCACGACCUCGCCGCUCAUCCCACUCCUGUUGCCAGCCUGCGCAAUUAUUUCCCAACCCAGGUCAACCCCCGCCGCCCGAGGGCAACAUCUGAGACGGGAGCACUGCUGUGCGGAGCGAACGAGGUUUGCCUCGACGGAAGUUGCUGUGGCCCACUUGGAACCUGCGGCUACGGGCCCGACUUCUGUGGCGCGGGCUGCUUGAACAACUGCGAUGCGAAGGCCAUGUGCGGAAUCUACAGCGAAGGAGGCACCGAAAAAUGCGGUAUGAACCUUUGCUGCGGCGCUGCCGGUUGGUGCGGUGUAUGUUACCCCCAUUGCGUUGUGUUGACAACAUCACGAUCCUCCCCGCUAACUCACCCGCAGACCUCCGAAACCCACUGUGUCGGCCCGGCCUAUUGGCCGUGCCAGGAAGGCUACGGGUCAUGCCAAAUCGUCCCGCCUCCCUCUUGCGAUGCCGACGCCGGGUCCGCCGAAGGGCGCCGCAUCGGCUACUACCAGAGCUGGAACGUCCGCGACCGGGUGUGCAUGAAGGUGGCGCCCAGCGACAUCCAGACAGCCAACUACACUCACCUCUACUUUUCCUUUGCCAGCAUCGACCCCAACACUUUCGCCGUGGUACCAGCAAACCCAGGCGAUGUGGCGUUGAUGCACGAAUUCACCGCCCUCAAGUCGUCCACCCUCCAGACGUGGAUCGCCAUCGGGGGCUACAGCUUCAGCGACCCGGGCCCAACCCACACAACCUGGAGCGACAUGGUCUCCACACAAACCAACCGUGCCGCCUUCAUCCAAUCCCUGAUCGUCUACAUGCAGACCUACGGCUUCCAGGGCGCCGACCUCGACUGGGAGUACCCCGUGGACGAGAAGCGCGGCGGCCGCAAGGGCGACUCGGCCAAGUUCGCGCUGCUCGUCAAGGAGAUGCGCGAGGCCUUCGGCACGCAGUACGGCAUCAGCCUAGCCCUGGCGCCCGAUUACUGGUAUCUGCGGUACUUUGACGCGAAGGCGAUGGAGCCGUAUGUGGAUUGGUUCGGUUUCAUGGCGUACGACCUGCACGGCUCGUGGGACUCAGAUGUUGGCGCGCUGGGCUCCAUCGUCCGCGGCCAGGCGGAUGUGCGCGAGAUUUAUAACAAUACCCUGCCGCUGUGGUAUGCUGGUCUUAACCCGGCCAAGAUCAACUUUGGUCUGGCUUACUACGGCCGCGGGUAUACCUUGGCCGAUCCGUCGUGCAACACCCUCGGCUGUGGGUUUACUGGGCCUAAUAAGCCGUUUCCUUGUACUGCCUACCCCGGCGUCAUGUCCCUGGUGGAAGGGGAGAAGUUUGCCCGGGACAAGGGUAUCACACCCAAGCUUCUCGCGGGGGCGAUGAUGAAGGAGCUUACGUGGGGCGACCAGUGGGUUGGGUACGAUGACCACGAGACGGUCGAAAUGAAGAUGCGAUUUGCUAGCGGUCUUUGCUUUGGUGGGACCAUGGCUUGGAGCAUCGACUUUAACUCGGGCGCCGGGAGCGGCCUGGAGCCCCCGGCUUUGGCAGCUGCUGCUCCGCCUCCGGAUGGUGCGGUGAUAGUGCUGCCCAUUGCGGGAGUGGAUGCCAGAGCGGCGAAUGCCUUUUAUCCCACGAAUUCUCCUGGCAUGUCGGGUACUCCUAUCACAAGCCAGCAUGGAUCGACUUUUCCUGGCGUGUCUGGCACUCCGGGCUCGAGCGUGGGCGUACCGAGUUUCCCGCCCACCCCAUCGGCCUCAACAGAUGACCCUCCGCCCACGUCGACUGCCAGCGUGCAAACUCCGCCGCUCCCGGGGAGUGCUUCAGAACCGAAGACCGAAGAACCGAACGUCCCACGGCCUACGUCCACUACAAACGCCCAAGUCCCGGCGACCUCAGAUGCCGAUUCAGCAGCGACCAAGGGCGAAUAA